AUGGAGUCCGGCAAAACCGAGUCCUUCUGGGGCUCGCGUAUCCGCUUCCUGUGUUUAGUGGCGGUCCGAAUGCCCGGACUACGGGCCUGGACUCGGGGUUCGGGGGUCGGUGCUGACCGCCCUCGCCGAGGGGUGGGGGGCGUGGCCGGACCGAAACCCUGGGUCCCGCCGCCUCGGGCCCUGGCCCCGGAAGCGGCCCCCAAGCAGGAUGCGCCCCUCGUGCUGACACCGCCCUCCUUCGCGCCGCCCACCGGACCCGGCGGGGACGACCCUGGCCCUGUAGGCGCGGAGGCGACCCCCUGGGAGGCCCUCGUCCAACUCCGGAAGCUCUGCCAUCAGUGGCUGAGACAAAAGAAGUGUACGAAAGAGCAGAUCCUGGAGUUGCUUUUGCUGGAACAUUUCCUGACUGUCCUUCCUCAGGAGAUCCAGAUCUGGGUUAGACAGGAGCAUCCAGAGAGUGGGGAGGAGGCCGUGUCUCUGGUGGAAGACUUGCAGAAAGAACCUGGAAGAUGGGGUCUCCAGGCGAUGGUGAAGAACUCACAACCAGAACCAGAAGAGUUGAAUCACAGCCCCAAAGUAGAAUUCCGACCCACCCACAAGAGCGCGGCUGCGGGAGCGCGGCUUCCUACGGACCCUGGAACAGUGUUGCUACCGGUUCAAAAACCUCCAGACCCACUACUGAAAAGCCAGGAGCAGCCGUGCACCAGGCACCUGCCCCUUCUACCAGGAGAUGGAUGCCCUGAUGAGCCCGCCUGCUGCCACCCCCACUCCAGAGGUGGCAGGGGCUCUGCUCGGGCAGAGGGGCCAUGGGAAGAGCUGCAGGGGGGUGGCUGGGGCCAGGAGGAGGCAGUGCUGGCCGAGGCUGUGUUGGAAGGCAGGUCAGAGAAGCCCGGGCACAACCCAGGCCACACAGCAGCAGUUUUAGAGGACGGGCAUUCCGGAACCAUCACAGAGGAUUCUGCGGGGGAAGAACUGGGUGUUGGAGAAGUGUGUAGAAACCCUGGGAUCCCAGCCCUGUUGCGGAGUCCUACUCGUGUGCGCUGGGGGUAUGAAGAGACGAAAACCUUCCUGGGGAUUCUUGGCGAGCCCUACAUUCACGAGAAACUGCGCACCUGCCACUGGAACCUCCAGGUGUACCGGCUGGUAGUCGAGCGUCUGCGGGAGCGCAGCUUCCUGAGGACCCUGGAACAGUGUCUCUACCGGUUCAAAAACCUCCAGACCCACUACUGCAAAGCCAGGAGCAGCCGCGCGCCACGCACCUGCCCCUUCUACCAGGAGAUGGACGCCCUGAUGAGCCCCUGGACUCUUGCCAGCACCUUUGAUGCCUUAGAGGUGGCAGGAGACCUUCUGCGGAAGGGAGGGGACUCCGAAGAGAACCAGGAAGCUGUGCUGGAAGGUGUGACAGGAGAUGGUAGUGAACGGGCAGAGAAGCCCGGGAGACUUGGCCCCCCAGCUUUGAGGGGGAGUCAAGUGGUAAGCACCCCUCCCCCAGUGUCCCCCCAAAGCAGUGGGAGAGGUGAGGGCUCGCGGGAAGCAUUAAGGACUGUGAAACAGGAGAGACACAUAUUGUCUGUCCCUCUGGCAUGGCCUCUUCAGGAGGAAGAUUGUUGAUUUCUUUAAGGAACACCAUUUACCGCCCAUCCUCAGAAAUCGUUAGAAUCAGCCCUCCGCUGAAGCCAUAGUUCAGGCUGACUCACAAAAACUACUGUGAGGGUCUUGCCCUGCUCUAUGGCAAAGGGCUCUCCCUGUCUGCUCCUGGUAACAGCAUUAUAGAAACAAUAUUUAGUAACAAUUGUAGGAGGAAAGAGACGUUAGAGUGACUUACAGUUCCAGUUCAUUCCCAUCUAAAGUACCCUAUCCGUGUGAACUCUGUGCACGUGAUAGACAGAUGCAGACUUGUCUGUUUUUGGGCAAACGGGUUCCACACCCUAAGCCUCCAUCUUCUCAUCUGUAAGCUGGACAUAGUGACGGUAUCUACCUCUGGGCAGUUUUGAGGAUCUUGGCAUGUGGCUAGCACUCAGGAAACGUCUGUUCUCAUUAUCGUGAGCGUUCUCAUUAUUAACACAGAUGAAUGCGUUGCCCUGUACUCCUCACUUAAGGGGGCACAUUUCCUGAGUCAUUAACUACACGUUUUCUUCUAAAAACUGGACUUUCGGGGCGCCUGGGUGGCACAGCGGUUAAGCGUCUGCCUUCGGCUCAGGGCGUGAUCCCGGCGUUAUGGGAUCGAGCCCCACAUGAGACUCCUCCACUAUGAGCCUGCUUCUUCCUCUCCCA